GUGAGCCACAUGAGCGAGCGGAUGAUGUAAACAACUGCAGCGCGAGACUCGUCUGCUGUCCGUCUUUCUUCUUUCUUUCUCUAUCAGCCCUUCUCGGUGAGUGAGACGGAUUCACAGUGCUGCGCGUCUCCUGCAGAUCAUGCCCCACGACCCCGACCCUCCUCCGGCGAAGAGAUUUAAGCCGGGCUCUCCCUUCUUCCGCCUGGAUAAGAAGCCCGGCAUGCUGUUGCCCAGAGCGGGACACGCGCCCGUCAGCGUGGACGCUCAGAGGAGACAGUUGCCCAUUUACCCGAGCAGGACACAGGUGAUCAACCAACUCCGACAACUGCACAAUGCUGUGUUCAUCGGUGAGACGGGCUCGGGUAAAACCACGCAGAUCCCGCAGUACCUGUAUGAGGCGGGCAUCGGGCGACAGGGCAUCAUUGCCAUCACUCAACCCCGCCGGGUCGCUGCCAUAUCUCUGGCUGGAAGAGUGGCCGAGGAGAAGAGAGUUCAGCUCGGGAAACUGGUCGGCUACACGGUGCGCUUUGAAGACGUCACGUCGUCGGAGACCAAGCUGAAGUUCAUGACGGACGGGAUGUUGUUGCGAGAGGCGAUCGGGGAUCCGCUGUUACUGCGCUACACGGUGGUGAUCCUGGACGAGGCUCACGAGCGCACUGUUCACACUGAUGUCCUGUUCGGCGUGGUGAAGGCCGCCCAGCGCAAACGCACAGAACACAACAAAAUACCUCUGAAGGUGUUUGUGAUGUCUGCCACCAUGGACGUGGAUCUGUUCUCUCAGUACUUCAAUAAAUCACCUGUUCUGUAUCUGGAGGGCCGACAGCAUCCCAUUCAGAUCUACUACACCAAACAGCCUCAGUCCGACUAUCUCCAGGCAGCGCUGGUCACUAUAUUUCAGAUUCACCAGGAAGCUCCUCCGUCCCAUGAUAUCCUGGUGUUUAUGACGGGCCAGGAGGAGAUUGAAGCGCUGGCGCGCACCUGUCGGGACAUAUCGAAGCACCUGCCUGAGACCUGUGCACCGAUGACAGUCGUCCCGCUGUACGCCUCGCUGCCGCCCACCCAACAGCUCCGGGUCUUUCAGCCCGCGCCAAAGGGAUCCAGGAAAGUGAUUCUCUCCACAAACAUCGCAGAAACGUCCAUCACCAUCUCCGGCAUCAAAUAUGUCAUAGACACGGGGAUGGUGAAGGCCAAACGCUACAAUCCAGAGAGUGGUCUGGAGGUGCUGGCGGUGCAGCGAGUGUCUAAAGCCCAGGCGUGGCAGCGGGCCGGUCGGGCCGGCAGAGAAGAGGCCGGGUCAUGCUACCGUCUCUACACUGAAGACGAGUUCGACAACCUCGCCAACAUGACCGUGCCUGAGAUACAGAGGUGUAAUCUGGCCAGUGUCGUUCUGCAACUGCUCGCUCUGGGAGUUCCUGAUGUUCUCAACUUCGACUUCAUGUCUAAACCAUCGCCUGAGUCGAUGCGGACGGCUGUGGAUCAGCUCAGUAUCCUCGGGGCCGUCGAGAGGAAAGAUGACCAGGUGACAUUAACACCCCUGGGCAAGAAGAUGGCCUGUUUCCCUCUAGAGCCUCGCUUCUCCAAAACGCUCCUGAUCUCGCCUGAGUUCUGCUGCACUGAGGAGGUUCUGACCAUCAUCUCGCUCCUCUCCGUCGACUCGGUCCUCUACAACCCCCCCGCCCGCAGAGAAGACGUCCUCGCCGUCCGCAAGAAGUUCAUCUCCAGCGAGGGCGACCACAUGACGCUCCUCAACAUCUACAGGGCCUUUAGGAAAGUCAGCGGUAACAAGGAGUGGUGUCGAGAGAACUUCGUGAACAGCAGGAACAUGGGGCUGGUGCUGGAGGUCCGUUCGCAGCUGAGAGACAUCUGCAUCAAGUUGAACAUGAAGCUGGAAUCGUCUCUAUCAGACCUGGCUAACGUGCGGCGCUGUCUAGCUCACGGUUUGUUCAUGAACGCUGCAGAACUGCAUCUGGACGGCAGCUACGUGGCUCUGGACACCCAUCAGACGGUGUCCAUCCACCCCUCAUCGGUCCUGUUCCAGGCCAAGCCGGCAUACGUGGUGUUCAACGAGCUCCUGCACACGUCUCGCUGCUACAUGAGGGAUCUGUGCCUGGUCGAUUCUGAUUGGCUGCAUGAAGCGGCGCCCGAGUAUUUCCGCCGCAAGCUGCGCGCAACAAAGAGUUAACGUCCUCUAAAGAUCCAGUUCGCUGUUCCUGAAGACUGCAUGGUAGGAAGAACACAGAGAAGAGUUUUUCACAAUAUGCAUUUUGUCGACAUCACAUGUCAGCUCUAGGGCUGUUGCUGUAGAUGAACUGUUUGGAUGCUACACUUAUUUUUGGGAUUUGAACUGUUAUGCUGAUAUGCAACACGUUAGGCAGUUUUUCCAAAGAGUUUGAUUAAUCGAGUGCUUUGUUAACUGGAAUUUUUCUAGAAGUGAAUGAAUGAGUCCUUUAUACUUGCUCUAAAUCUAAAGAUGCCAUGCCUGUUUCUACAGUUCUUUUACAAACUGCUGAAGAGGUCUGAUUGUAUGAAAUUCAGGUUUGCUUCGUC